UGAAGACGUAAAGAUGAGUAGUGAGGACGAUGAAUAGUGUAAAAGAGAGAAACAGGACUUAGACGAUGAUAAAUUUUGAAAAACUGUAAAAGUCUAAAGUAUUUACGACGUAGAGAGAGAUUUGGGAUUUGGAAUUUGUUUGAUUCCUCAGCCUGUGCGCUGCUAUAGUGUGUUCUACCCCUACUGCUCAACUUAUACAGCUUAUAACGCAACAUAAAGACUGUGUCGCAAAUACUGCCUGUCGGAAAUUUGUAUUCAAACCACUUUGUGUUUUAAAGGAAAGUUGAAAGUAUCAAUAUGAGAUUCAGAGAAAAAUCAUUCAUUCCAUUUUGAUUACAAAUCUCAUUAAAAACCGUCAUCUUCAAUGGGGAUUUCGAUGUUAUUUUUCUCUAUCUAAAAAUAAGGAAACAUGUAGAUAAUAAAAUCGCAAAUUUAAAAUUCACAUUAAAAUGCUCUCAUCCCACGUUCAGAUCCCACCAAAACUUAAAUGUGAUAUACAUUUUUUUUCCACAGCGGGACAACGGACAAAGUGUACAUGGCUACGUAGUUUGGAUUUAUUUAGUGUUCCGCACCAUUGUAUCAUUAGUCAUGAACAAAUAGGUAAUGCCAUCGAUUUCUCAUUAUAUAUUAUAUCUAAUGCGAGUGGUGGAUGUACAGAAAUAUCAUUAUUUAGUGAUUAUUUAUCUGCUUGUUCAAAACAAAUAGAAAAUUUGUCACGGAAUGCAAUUGAUAAUAUCGAAAUAAGAAAUUUAUGUGUCCAAAUCAAUUUAUCCAAUCUACAAACAUUAACGUCAAUUAAAUGGAUCAAAUUCGAAAAUUGUACAGUUGAAUUCUAUUUAGAUGAAAAAGAAGUGAAAAACACUUCAUUUCCAGAGAAGUGGACGUUUAACAAUGGUCGAACAACAACAUUUUCAAAUCUAAUUCAAAUGAUAAACCAUCUCAAUUCGUGGGUGGAACUUAAUUUAACCGAAUGCUUUGGCUCCAUACAUAACUUUGAUAAUUUUAUUCCAUUAGCAACAGGAUUGACAGGGUUGACGAUACAGUGUGAUCAGUUUGAAGUCGACCAACCUAGUGAAGAUAUUACGAAAAACAGUAUCUAUUCGACUAUAAGGGUGCUUCUUGAUUUGAAGGCAACGAAGUGUCCGAACAUCAGUGCUUAUCAAUGGCUCGGUGCCAAAAGAGGUCUUGAAGGGAUAAGUCGUACGUUGAAAUGUGAACAGCGGACAAUAAAGCUGAUAUCAGAAUCGUGGUUAGAAGAUGUUGACGAUAAUUCACCAGCAUUGAACAAGGAAUCAAAUGUCUCUGCUUUUACAUUGUCAAACAAUAAAAUGCAAAAUAGAACGACGGUUGCUGAUAGCAAAUUUUUUACCUCUAUACGUAUGACCAUAACAGAACCGACUGCGACGUCAAGUUUUCAACAAACAAACCGUGAAAUAUCGCAUACACUUUUUCCAAUACCAUUCAAUCCUAAGACGAUGAUGACAACAUCGAAAAUAGACGAUUUUGCAAAAAUUAUAGGAACAAAACCAAAGUUUAUUGUUGCAGCUACGAUAAACGAUGGAGCAAGAGAGCGAAGUGUUGCAAUUACAAUACCACUAUCGGUUACUGGUACUGGCGAAAUUCCAAAAUCGAAUAAACUGACAUGGUCUACUCCAGCGAUCGUUGCUGUGACAUUUGCAUGUGUCUCAGCCGCCGUUGUAUUAACAGCUUUUACGAUAGUUUUAAUAAGAUUUCUUCGGACUGUUAUCAAAUAA